GUCGCCGCCGUCGCCGUCGCCGCCGCCGCCGCUGGAAAAGGAGUCGUGCACAGCGGAGCGGAGUGCGGAGUGCGCCACACGCGCAGCGUUCACUGACCGAGGGUUGUCGGUAUCCAAACUGGAGAAGAGCCGUGUCGUCGUGCCGGCCGAGACGACGAGUCCAGCUAUCUCGCUUAUCUCGACCCUACGUCGCGGUCGCCGCGACACGUGAGAGUCGCGAACACGCCAACUUUUCCCGCGCGCGAUCCGCCUCCCGGGUAGAGAGCUCUCAUCCCCCGCGGGGAGGAGAUCGCCGCCUAACGGUCCGUCCAACGUGCGGCGCGUGGACGCGGCUCCGCCGUGGACCUCGCGAGAGGAGCCUGUCGAAGGGGGAAACGCGACACACGUUCAUACAUGACGCGCGUCCAUUGCCCAUGCUAUUCGUCGAGCUCGCCGUUUCACGGUACGCACAUAUGAUUGUCGGCCGAUCGGGAUCGGGACCGAACUGGUGCGUGUAGCUUGUGCACGUUGUCUACGAGGGCCCGCCUGAGAGAGUCGCGGACGUUGGAUGCGGGGGCCUUUCGACUGAGAGACCCUGACGUCCUAGCCGGACGUUUUUGUUUAUACCAGCACGUGUGACGCAAUAACGAUAAACCUUGAUGGGUCGUACAAGGGCAUGCGGGAGUCUAACAUAUCCAGGUUUUUGUCCGUUCGUUGCUCCAACAGGUAUCUGAGAGUUCUCCCGUAGAGACCAACCGCCAGAGAAAGCUAAAGAUUGUGCGGAAUCCAGAAAGGCAUGCGGAUUUGUUGGUGAUACGGAGAGUGCACUAAUUAGUUUCGCAAUAUGACGGAUACACGUAGAAGAGUAAAACUGUAUGCCCUCAAUGCGGAUAGGCAAUGGGACGAUCGUGGUACGGGUCACGUUUCCUCUUCCUAUGUAGAGAGAUUGAAGGGAAUUUCCCUCUUGGUAAGAGCAGAAAGCGAUGGCUCUCUUCUGCUGGAGAGUAAAAUACAACCUGAUACUGCAUAUCAGAAACAACAGGAUACUCUGAUAGUAUGGUCCGAAGGAGACAAUUUCGACUUAGCCCUAAGUUUUCAAGAAAAGGCCGGCUGUGACGAAAUAUGGGAGAAAAUUUGUCAGGUUCAAGGCAAGGAUCCAUCUGUAGAAAUUACACAAGACAUUGUGGAAGAAUCUGAAGAUGAGCGGUUUGAUGAUAUGUCAGAUGCAGCACCGCCUAUCGAAUUACCUCCGUGUGAACUUAGUCGAUUGGAAGAUAUUAAUGAGCUCAUAGAAAAUUGUUUAACGUCCCCGAUGAGAAAAGAGAAAUUAGCAGUGGCACUAGAGUCCGAAGGUUACAUUAAGAAAUUGCUAAAUCUUUUUCGUACAUGCGAGGAUUUAGAGAAUAUUGAGGGAUUGCAUCAUCUUUAUGAUAUAUUCAAAAAUAUUUUCUUACUCAAUAAAAAUGCAUUGUUUGAAGUUAUGUUCAGCGACGAUACGAUUUUCGAUGUUGUUGGCUGUUUGGAGUACGAGCCAACGUUAUCUCAGCCAAAGAGGCACAGAGAGUAUCUUCGACAGUUAGCCAGAUUUAAACAAGCAAUUCCUAUUACAAAUACCGAACUACUAGCUAAAAUACAUCAAACAUACAGAGUUCAAUAUAUUCAAGAUGUAGUGCUGCCAACCCCGAGUGUAUUCGAGGACAACAUGCUGAGUACAUUGAGUAGUUUUAUAUUCUUCAAUAAAGUUGAAAUAGUGACUUUGAUACAGGACGAUGAGAAAUUUCUUACUGAACUUUUUCGUCAGUUAACGGACGAAGCAACAUUAGAUAGCAAGAGACGCGAUUUAGUCCUUUUUUUAAAAGAAUUUUGCAACUUUUCGCAAAAUCUUCAGCCGCAGGGAAAGGAGGCGUUUUAUAAAACGUUAACAGCACUUGGUAUACUUCCUGCUUUAGAAAUUACUUUGGCGAUGAAUGAUGCACAGACAAAAACGGCCAGUAUAGAUAUAUUGACUUAUAUCGUGGAAUAUUCUCCAAGUGUUGUACGAGAUUAUACAUUACAGCAGAUAAAUAACACAGAACAGGACCAAAUGUUAGUGAAUGUAAUAGUUGCUCAACUUGUCGGGGACAGUGAUCCUGAGUUGGGUGGAGCGGUGCAGUUGGCCGGUGUACUACGUUUACUUCUCGACCCAGAGAACAUGAUGGCUUCUGUUAACAAAUCAGAAAAGACUGAUUUCUUAAAUUACUUUUACAAGAAUAGUAUCGGUACUCUAAUAGCCCCUCUCCUGGCAAACACGAUCGGAGAACGACCCGCGAGAGAGGAUUACAGAACAGUACAACUUUUGGGAUUGAUCUUGGAAUUGUUAUCAUUCUGUGUCGAGCAUCAUACGUACCAUAUUAAAAACUGCAUAUUGAAUAAAGAUUUACUCAGAAGAAUAUUGGUUUUGAUGAAGUCGACACAUACAUUUUUAGUGCUAUGUGCAUUAAGGUUUAUGAGAAAGAUUAUAGCACUAAAGGAUGAAUUUUAUAAUAGGUAUAUAAUUAAGGGUAACUUGUUUGCACCCGUAUUCGAUGCAUUUGUAAGAAACAAUGGCAGAUAUAAUCUUCUAGACUCAGCUAUACUGGAAAUGUUUGAAUUUAUCAAAUUGGAGGAUAUUAAGUCACUAUGUUCACAUGUUGUUGAAAACUUUUCAAAGGAACUGGAAGCAAUUGAUUAUGUACAAACAUUUAAAGCAUUAAAGUUAAGGUAUGAACAACAUCAAGACAAAUUGAAAGAUCGUGAUAGAACUACAAUUGACAGCGUCCCAUCAAUCUUGCGGAACAGUCGGUAUCGAAGGGACCAGAGGCAGCUAGACGAGGAAGAGGAACUAUGGUUUAAUGAAGAGGAAGAGUUUGAUGAAGAUUCGAAAAGUCAUCAGCAACAACAACAACAGCAGUCUGUAUUAAACAACAAUACUGCUAAUAAUAAUAUUACCUCGCAACAACCACAAAUCAAUAAUAGCUCGUCAACAACGAAUGAAUCACCAAUUGCUUCGGAUAUAAAUCCUACUCCGGCUAUUGGCACUGUGGAAAAAACGGGAACCGCACUGUUCAAGAAGGGGUUAGUCGAUUAUGAAGGAGAUUCUGAUGAGGAGGAUGAAGAUUCAGAAUUAAGUCCUUCCCCAAAACGACAACGAUUGUCAUAGUAGGCAAACUUGGAAAGAACAAGAACAUUUGUGAUUUUUAAUUGCUAUUAUCAUUUCAUGACCUUCCUACGUGUAAAAACAGAUCUAUCUCCUCGGAAGAGACAUAGAUUGAGCUUUCUUGCUAAGGAAUGGACACAACAAUAAGUGCUUUUAAAAAAAAUGUAUAGUGGACACUCAUUCAUAGAUCUGUCUAUGUUGACAUGUGUAUAGUAUGUGAAACAUAAAUAGGGUCUGAAUGAAAACUUAAGUAAGUUAUGUCGAUCGGGGUGUAUCGAUAAAACAAAGGAAGAAUGAACUUUCUUUAAUGAAAUGAACAGUGUAGUAUUGCGGCAUGAUAUGAUGUAGCAUGAUGUACUGUAUAAUGCGUUAAAAAAAGUAAGGGAUACUAAACAAAUCAUAGAGUCCAUUCCACUUGUCUGGAAACAUCUUGUGCACUAGGAAAGAUAAUCUCAUGGAUAAUUAUGGAUAGUCUAAGAAAAUUUGGCCAAAAUUAGCCAAGUUUAAUGACUUACAGAUACACAGGAGAUCGAAGCGUACACUUAGAUAGACAGUGAUAAAUUAAGAUGUCAUAGUUGACUUGUGACGUCACAAUUGAAAUAUCACAGUUAAACUGUGUUUAAACUGUAAUCACAGUGUACCACAGUUAUCUGAUAAGUCUACGAAGAAGGAACUUACAACGUGUUGUAAGACCAAAUUCGGAGAAGACAAAGAGUACAUGAUGUACCGCACAAAAAAAACAACCGAGCGUUUUGUUUUGCUAUUCGUAAGUUUCCUAUCGCAUGCCGUGCGAUAGAGAGCGGUUCUUCAGUCAGCGGAUCAGGCACUAUGAAACUUUAUCCAGUUCGACAGAAGUAAUAUUUAGUUUGUAUAUAUAUGUAUAUUUGUAACGAUUGUAAAACAACCACACUCAUGGAUUAAGCAGAAAUACGCAAUUUCUUUAAGGAUUUAGUUCCCUUUGAAAUACUUUCAACAAGCUUUUCGGUUGUCAAUGUAAGUAGUAGUAAUUGUACAAUAAAUAUUUGAUUUAUGUAUAUUUAUCAGUCUGCACUUCAUGCCCAAUGUUAAUCCUUGAUGUGUAAAGUAUAACCUGAAUGUAUCGCAAAAUGCUUAAAUAUUAGGCUUAUGUAAAAAAUAUAGUGUUCGUAUCUAAAUGAUGGGCAAAGUGGAGCCAGGAAUGGCAGAAAAGCGCUUUGUAAAAAUAGAUUAUAUACGAUUUAGCUUUGUUAAAUCAUAAACAUGUUUAAUACAACAUAUAAUUUAUAUAUUGGAUAAAAAAAUGUCAGAAGAUGCAAUAUAAAAUCUUAAUUUGUAUUUGUGCUUAAUUUGUAUUAAAUUUAACAAAAGAUGGAGCAUAUAAUGAAUUCGUCUUAUAGAAGUGAAUAACAUUUUGAAAUUAUAUAUAUAUAUACAUAUAUAAUUGCUUUAAAUUGAAGUUUAAGUUUAACUUUACAGUAUCAUAUCAGAGAAAUAGAUUUAUAUCUAUUUGAAUCAGCUCCAGAAAAAAGGUGUCUUCUUUGCACCAUUUAUGCAAGCGAUAAAGCUUACAGUAAAAAUGUAAUUUUAGCAUUUAUACUUAUAAUUCCUAUAAGUAUAUCGCAUCGAUAACAUUCAUUUCUACGUCGUUUUUGGUUGAGUUAAUUUUCAGAAAAAUAUUACAAAUUAAUGUACAGAUUUUUCAACGACAUGCCUAAUACCCGAAAGAAUUUCCAAGACUGCUUUAGAACUGUAAGUACAUAAUGCUUGAAAUAUUGCAGUGGAGAUACACAUGUACACAUAUACAUAUAUAUUAAUUCUUACUGUAGCGAAAGGGAUUCGAAAGUUAAAUUCAAUCACACAAGAUAAACAAAUUGUGAAUAUCUGAAUAGGCAAAUUCGCUGGAGCUGAGUGAUACAUGUACAUAAAAUGUUGUGCAACUUGGACUGAUCACAAAAAGAAGAAUGUAACAAAGAAAUGUAAUAUUAAUUAGUUAAGUAAGAUAUAAUGCUGAGUAAUGUUGUUCUUUAUGUGUUUUACAUAUAUCCACAAUCUAUUCGAUAAUAAAGAACAAAUAUUAAGCCUAGAAUGUUAUUGGGUGUAAAGAAUGUAAGUAAAAAAAAGAAGAACAAAUGAAUUAAUAUCUAAGUGAUAUUAGAGAGUAAAAAUGCGGUCACGUGCUAAUUAAAUUGAGAAAUUUGAUAUGUACAUUUGUACAGAGUGUGUUACGCUCUUAUACAUUUUGUCAUCAAUGGUACACUUUAUCAUUUGCAAACUUCGACAUUGUUGUUUUCAUUUUUAUAUUAAUAUUUAUGAUAUAUUGUAUUAAAUUUUGAAAAUUUGAAGAAACAUAAUGAGCUGGAACAUAUUUUCCUAUCGUUACGAAUUCAUAUUUGUAGAAUAAAAAUAUACUUUUAAUAUAAAGUAAAAUAAAACCUACAAUCCAAUUAAAUUUACAAGCACAAGAUCGUUAUAAUCUCAUAUUUAUUGGCUGCUCUGAAGACGUUGGUGUUUUAUCAUAUGAAGGAUACAGAGGAAAAACGAUCAAUCUCCAUCCAGAGUAACUUUGGGGAAAAAAAACGCAAUUUUAAGUUUCAAGACAUCAGAUAGUUUACGUUACGUAUAUUAUAGAUUUUCAAUACUGGUAGUGAAUAUCAGAACGCAGCCUUAGUGUUUACUUAAUGUUUACAUUAUUGGACUCUGAUAGUUCUUCCCCACAAGCAAGGACUAGGAUCCAGCACGGUACAAUGCUUUCGAUCUUGUAACUGUUCCCGAUCAAAACGAAUAAGAAUUAAGAAAGUUCUUUGGAAAUUCCACAAGAUAGUAUGAUCAGAUCAAUUUUGACAAAAAGUGAACUUUGAUCGUUUUUCCCCCUGUGUACCCUUUAUAUGUCUUCUAUUAAAUAUAUUUCAUAUUUA